UCAUAUGAACAUUUUCCCCCAAAUUUGGGAUUUGGAUCACUCUUUUAUGCGUCGUCUUCAUCAUCUUCUUCAUUACGAAUACGAAUGGAUCUUCUUACGUUUGAUCAUAGUUUUGUGAAGGUCAAUGGAAUCACUAUGCACGUCGCCGAGAAAAGUCCUUCCGUCUCCGGAAACGGAGCUUUGGACGGAGUGAUCAAUCGUCCUCCGGUGAUACUUUUCCUCCACGGGUUCCCAGAACUAUGGUACACGUGGCGGCAUCAGAUGGUGGCACUCUCGUCGUUAGGUUACCGUACCAUAGCGCCGGACUUACGGGGUUACGGAGACACCGACGCGCCGGAGAGAGUGGACGCGUACACAAGUCUCCACGUGGUCGGAGAUCUGAUUGGGUUGAUCGACGCAGUGGUCGGAGAUCGGGAGAAAGUGUUCGUGGUGGGACACGAUUGGGGCGCAAUAAUCGCGUGGCAUCUCUGUCUUCUUCGACCUGAUAGGGUUAAAGCUCUGGCUAACUUGAGUGUGGUGUUUGAUCCUUGGAAUCCUAAGAGGAAACCAAUCUCCAUGUUUAGAUCUUUCUAUGGAGAUGACUACUACAUCUGCAGGUUGCAGGAAUGUGGGGAAAUAGAGGCGGAAUUUGCUAAACUUGGCACGGAAAGAGCUCUGUUAGAGUUCUUAACAUAUCGUAGUCCUGGCCCUAUUCUCUUACCUAAAGGGAAACGCUAUGAUGAUCAUGUUUCACUUCCCUCUUGGCUAACUGAUUGUGAUGUCAAGUACUAUGUAUCCAAGUACGAGAAGAAUGGCUUCACUGGACCAGUAAACUACUACCGUAAUAUGGACCGGUAUAUUCUCUGCUACUCGCGAAUUCAUUCAGGACAUAGAUGCACUCGCAUAUAUAUCUUUGAGCGAACAUGGGAGCUGAUGGGGUCACUAUCAAAAGCUCAAGUGAAAGUUCUGGUUAAGUUCGUAAUCGGGGACCAAGAUUUGACCUAUCACAUUCCCGGCACCAAGAAGUACAUCCACGAUGGCCGGUUUAAGAGCCACGUACCAUUGUUGGACGAAGUUGUGGUAAUAGAAGGCGUUGGUCAUUUUCUCCAUGAGGAAAGGCCUGACGAGAUAAGCAAACACAUCCACGACUAUUUUGGAAGUUUUUAGACCCAAAUUGUAUAUGGAAGAAAUUGCAAAAGUAAAUUCUAGUCACAUAAUCACUGUUAUAUAGUAUCAUUAUUGUUGGAAA